AUGCAAGAAACUACAAACUGCAAUACACAUACAUUAACCAUCCAAGAAAUAUCACAAAUUACUGCUCCAAAGGCAAAAAAACAAGAAAAGGCUCCAUGGAACACUGUGUCUAGGUCAAUUGGCUGGUUUUUCUUUAGGCACAUGCCAUAUAUUCUACUUCUUACAAUGGGAUUCUUUAUUGUUGCACUAAACAUGUAUAAUCUUUUACAGAACCCAAAUAGAAAUUAUAUUCAUAAUGAUGAUCAUAUUAGGUUGUUUAAAAAAUGUAUAAUGGUAGGUCUAGGAAUAUGCUCUAAAUACUAUGCAACCAUAUUAUUAAUGAUGCUGAAAACCAGAAUCACCCAGCUUAAUACGUAUAAGAAAAUGAUCUUUGUUUUUAUUGCAAGGAUAUUUUUAUUUUUAGUCUUUAGUGCACCACUGUGCUAUCUUCUGUUUCUUUUUACAAAGGCACAUAAAACUGAGCAAAUCGCCGUGUAUAUGUUCUUUGCGCACAUUGGUGUAUUUUAUAUUAUUGUUACUGGGAUAGUUUCAAUUUCAAGUUAUGUUUAUGCAAAAUUUGCUGCUCCUACAACUAUAUCAACCACACACAAGAAAUACAUAGAAGAGCCUAGUAGUAACAGGGGGUUCCUUUUUUAUGUAACUAUAUGCGGCUUGUUUGUGCUAAUUUCUGCCAUAGUGCUUUUGCUACCAUGCUUAGACAUUGCAUUACACAGAAUAACGCCAAAUCCAGUUGUUUUGAUACCAAAGAAGAGUAUAUAUCAAGAAUGGUUUGAAUAUGCUGUAUCUUUUGUUAAAUAAGAUUACAGAGUUGUUAUGGCUUUGUAAUUUCAAUGCUUGGUGUAGCUUACUAAUAAUGGAUGAAAAUAAUUCAUGAAUAAAUUAUUCAGAAUUGUUGUAAUAGAUCACAUAGAAACAUUAUAGAGAGAGAUUCACACAUAAAUUAAAAAGUUGAAAAUAGUUCAAUAAUGUGCGGCGCCAUUUAUACACUAUAGGAAGUCAUGAUCUACAUGAAGCUCCAAAGAAGCCAGCAGAAAAUAGAAUAGUUCUAAAGUCUAAGCUAUAUAGUACUUUAAAAGGUUUUAUAUGACUGGAGGAAUCGAGUAUAUGAGAAUGAAUUCACAGGCAAACUAGAAAAUAUACAUGAAACAUUUAUAAUCAAGGUGUAUAGCUAACGCAUACAUAUGAUAACUGAUAAAAAUGUAUACUAAUCGCAAUAAAGGAG